CAUCUCAAGGUUAUAUUGAACGAAUGGUUUUUAAUAUUCUGUUUGCUUCAACUGGUAGGAGGGAAGUGGUACUUGAUCGGAUUCGCUACCAACAGCAAGUGGUUUAUCAACAUCAAAAAUACAAUGAAAAUGGGCGUUGCCACACUAGUAUCAACUGCAGAGGGAGACGUGGAUCUAUCAUAUGCCAUUGCAUCUUCUUGCAGCGCCGACGGCUCUUGCUGGAGAAGGAGCAACCGGGCCAAAAAGACUGACAUGCCUGGGAAGUUUACAUUUGUCAGUUGGGGCAGUAAGAAUGACAUAAUUGUGGUGGACGUCAAGUAUGAUGACUACGCACUGGUUUACGACAUCAAGACGAAACAAAAGGUCAACAAAAUCAUCCACCUUUAUGGCCGUAGAGAUGAAGUCAGUGCCAACGUGAAGGAGAAAUUCAAACAACUCGCCUUGGACGCUGGCACUCUGGCUGAAAACAUUGUUUUCCUUCCUAAAAACGGUACUUUUAAAUCACUGGAUCCUGUUUUUGUAUCCAACUACAUUAAAGUAAUGCAAACACUAAUCAAUUUAAUCUCUUUUGCUUUCCACAGCCGAGUGCCCACCUGCUUAAUUUCCUCCCCUAGUCAUCAUGUCGGUGAUUCGAGCUGCAGAUCAUUACCUUUGCUGUGGAAAUAUUCAUCUAUCAAAGCUACUGGCUAAAACAUCAUCUUCAGUUACUUUGCUUUGCAACGACUCUACUGUUCCAUUUACCCGAGCAUCAUAAUUGAGUUCUAUUAGCAAAAUAAAAGAAACAGCUAAAAUACUUUGCUUUAUUAUCUUUUUUUAACAAAUACGCAGACGUACAUCCAUAACAACACAAUUCGGAUUUCCUUUUUAUCAAGUGUUUACAUCUACACGCUUUGUACAGAUCUGUAUACAAAACAAUAAUUUACGUCCCAUAGAAGUCUAGUUACACUUAACUAUACAACGAGUUGUAAGUGAAAUAAAUAUAAAAACAGAAAUGAUCAAAGGUGUUAAAGGAUGUAAAAAGCCAUAAUACGCAUACACCACCAGCGCCUGGCAUCUGAAUGUUGCAUCUAAAAAGAUAUACAUUUUCCAUUUUCUACUGGCGAAAGUACAUCUGUGAUGGUGAAAACACAGUUCAGUUCAUAGAUCCAGAUUUGCAGCACCACAUACACUGUAUGAUUCCCAAAAUACAUUUCACUCAAAUCAACUUUGAAAUUCACUGGGUUUCUCUCCCUUGUUUGAAUUAAAAGAUUGAAACACUGAAAUUUAGGGCUUAGUCUCCGCUUGAUCCGGGCAACUGAGCACAUUUACAGACAAGAAACAGAAAUAUUGGACA